AUGUAUUACCUGAAGCUGCCCGUGUUCCUUCUCAUGUUGCUGCCAUGUGUCGCCACCCUCCCUAGCAACAGGUACUUCGCCUCAUCUAGGGAGCAAGAAAGCGCGCUCCCGGACAGAGAAGGCUGGCUCGUGCCCGGGAUCGUCUCCAACCACUACCUUGGCCUCAUUGGCAUGCGGCUCCAGAGAGGGCUCACACCUGUCAACAGCCACCACAUCGAGAAAAGGAAGUGCAACACGGCUACCUGUGUAACCCAGCGACUGGCCGACUUCCUGACCCGCUCCAGCAACACCAUCGGCACGGUGUACGCCCCCACCAACGUAGGCUCCAGCACCUACGGGAAACGGGAUCUACUGCAGCCUCCCAGCUAUAUGCCUCUCUAGUGAUGCAUGGGUUCAAAGCCCACUGAUGUAGGAUAUGCUCAGCUGAAAUGACCACACCACCAUGUAA